AUAUUAUAUAUAUAUACAUACAUAUACAUAUAACUUUAGAACUGAUGAUGGUUAUGGGUUUCUUGGACUAUGAAACGUAAAACUACAUAAAAUCUUUCAGGAAGUCGCACCGCUGGUACGUUGAAAAUUCUAUAUUUUUUUUAAUGAUUUUUCCUUACGUAUUUGAAAUUUUCUAAAGAAAGUAAUGUAAGGAAUAAGAAUUAGAUACAAAAUGCACGUUUUAUAUGCCAUAAAAAAACAUUGGUGUGCUAAAACAAAAUGAAUGCAAACAAAACAAAUAUCGUAGCAGGACUGUAUUUGAUACGGGGGAGUUUAGACUAGGAAAUCAAAUUUGUAUAAAUGAGUGCAUACGUAUUAGUCCGCGGCAAUUAUUAUAUAGUUAUCGAUGGUUUUCAUGCAUUCUACGCGGCACAAACAUAUUAUGAAUUUUUAAACUUAAGUACUUACUUAAAAAUUCCAUUUGAGUUGUAACUGUUCGUUCUAACCUGGGAAAUACAACCUAAAUGACAAGACAAAUCAUAUUACAUGUCGUACAUCGUUCCAUUAAGUCAAAGUUUAUAGUAUAUUCCUAUAACAAAUGCGUAUAUAAAAUACAGUAUAUAAUGCACUAAAAACAAGCAGGCCAUUUAGAAAAAUUUUAUUUUCUGUUGACAGUUUACGUGCACAAAAACAUAACAUUUAAUCGUCUCUGGCACGUUAUGAGAUUAAGUUUAUUUUAGAUACUUCCUCUUUCGAAAAAAACAAACAAACAAUUUCGUCACAUACUGUUUUUUUCUUCUGAUUCCAGCAAUCCUUCAACUCAUUGUCUUACAGAAUACCAACAUUUCAUUACAAGUUUUUCGCUGAAAUGGCCCAUUAUUAAAUUAAAUCUUGACUAAUUUUAUAAAAAAAAUAUUUAACCAUAAUCACGAUGAUAUCCGUGUAUGUAAACAGUUACGUAACACUACAAAUGUGAAAAUGUACCCACACACAAACGAAAUUUCGUUUUGUAGCAUAAAGAUUAAUACAGUAGAUAAAUAUUUUUCAAGUUUAGUUUUGUAAUAUUUACUUUUUAUUUCCGAAGGUACAACUACUGUUUGCAAAAAUAAUGAAAAAAAAUUAAGUACUAUUAAAGAGCAUCUACAGGUUUAAAAUUUGCCAAAUGUAAUACUAUAUGAAUUCUGAGCAACAUAUUAAGUUAUUGACAACAUCUUUUAUAGUUACGUAAAAUUCAGUAACAUGCUAAAGGUGGUUCAGAAUAGAAUUCAAAAUUCCAAAGACAGUUUAAGCAUUUUUAAAUACAAAUGCGUAAUUAAUCACAUAAAAAACAUGUUAGACAUUUUACCGUGCCACCUAUUGGUCGAAACUUAUGCUAUAAUGUGUAGUAAAUAAAUCAAAAUUUCCGCAAAAAUUGCUAUAAGUGCACCCAGAAAAAACCUUAAACAAUUCGAGAGUAAAAUCAACAAACAAAAACCACUUAACUCAGAAAUAUUUUAAAAAAUAUUACAGAUGAAAAUAGACAACAGAGAGAUUAAUGAUUAAUGGACUAAAUCUAGGCAAACAGCAGAUGAAUCACAAAAAAAAAGAAGGGGGGGGGGACAGGCUAUUUUUAAUUAAAUAGUUUCCUUUAAAUAAAUUUUUAAUAAAUCUUAAACUAGCAAACUUAAUGAAUAUUAAAGCAAAGGCAAAUUAAAAUUCUUUAACUACUCUAAUGAAUUAUAUUAUUUCACUUAGGCUUGCAACAUUAGCGAGAAAAAAGAAGAAGCUGGGGUUGACACAGAACCCUCUGCCUGCUGGUGAUGGUCCUGCAACACCAACCUUGCCAGAGAGCCCAGGCGGUGAAAGUUCGGUCCCCACAGUGCCAGAUGUAACCACCAUGGCGUCUUCAGUGGCGGCGUGUACAUCACGCAACACUGAUGACAGUACACAUACUCUGUCCGAUGACUAUCAAGGGAAUGAUGACCUUCCUCCGCUGAUAGUGGUUUACGAGCCUCCAUUGCCACAGACAGAUCCGGGACUCAGUAUGUUAGAGGGUCGAAUGAUGGUUGACGUUCGUCACUUCAUGGUGCAAUGCCGUCUUCUGGAGAGACACAGGUGUCCCAUUUCAUCUUCAGGAACAUAUUUUCUGGAAAGUGUCAACAGGUACGGUCUGCUGACAAAUUUUAAAUUUAAGUGCACUCACUGCAAUCAAGAGCAGCAGUUCAAAUCUGAGCCUGUGGAAUGCCUUCCAGUGGGAAGAAAAAGAAAAUGCAAAAUCGAUACCAACUUAGAUAUCAACGAUAAGAUUGUUUGGGGCGCAAUUUCGGUUGGUCUAGGCUACGGACCAUUGUAUGAACUAUUGUCACUAAUUGAUAUGCAUCCUAUGAGCCCGGGUUGCUUUUCUUAUCACGAGAACAGAAUCGGAGAGCACUGGAAGGCAAUGUUGCAGAAGGAAAUGGAAGAUGCUGCACUGGAAGAGUUCUCUAUGGCGAAAGAUGAUGGACGCAUCUGUAUGGUUGGAAAUGAGGAAUAUGCUUGGACCAUAGGAAUUUUGGAUGGAGGUUGGAGCCAAAGAUCCUAUGGUCAUAGGUAUUCUGCUAAGUCUGGAUGUGCUAUAAUAAUUGGCUUCUACACUAAGAAAUUGUUAUUCCUUGGUGUGAGAAACAAAUAUUGUACCGCAUGCAUUCGGAGCGAACGGAUGGAAAAGGAACCUACGCCUCACCUGUGUUUCCGGAACUGGACUGAUUCUUCCACUGCAAUGGAGGCAGACAUUAUAGUGGAAGGUUUCCGGUUCUGUGAAGCCAAGUACAAACUUCAAUUUAAGAAGUUUGUUGGUGAUGGGGAUUCAAGUGUGCAUGCAGCCAUAGUUGCAAAUGUUUCGUACGGAAGAGAUGUUGAAAAGAUUGAAUGUGCUAACCAUGUCGUGAAGAAUCUCAAAAAGAAUCUUUAUGCCAUAGCCAAGGGCAUCCAUAUGCGGCAUCUCAGCCAGUCGAAAAUCAAAGCCCUCUUUCGCUGUGCAAGAGGUUGUAUCAGCAACUGUGGGGGUGAUGCUAUGCUACUUCAAUCAACACUUCUAAAUGUGCCCAACCAUGUGUUUGGAGACCAUAAGUUAUGCAAUUUAGAUGUGUGUGAGAGAGCUGGUAAAACAGCAAAUCCCUGCAGUUAUGACGCAUUGCCUCGUGAAUUGAUUGUGGGAAUCAAACAAGCUUUUGACCGAGUGAGAGCAAAGUCACAAGCACUUGUAAUGGAUCUCACAACCAACCAAGCAGAAAUGUACAUGUCAUUAGUUGCAAGGAUGGCUGGCGGUAAGCAGAUAAACCGUUCACAGCAGGGGUCUUACAGCCGUAGGGCUACUGCUGCUGGUUUGUCUUUCCAACUUCGCUACAAAUGGCAUGGACAAACUAUGAAGGCGAUCACAGGUCACAGCCCUGGAGUGACUGUGAAGCGAUUAAUGGCAAAAAGACAGAAACAGCAGGCGAACUGUAGGCGAAGGUUGGAUAUGAAUCCGCAUGUACCACGGAAAUCGGAAUCAUUUAAACCACAGGGUGAUAAGAGCUAUGGUCCUCAUGCAACUCAGCCUCCAGCUUCUGGUCUUGAACUAGAAAUUCUGACUGAGUCUGUGAUGAGAAGCAUAGAGCUUACAGUGCAAGAAAGGAAUGAUCUGGAGGUGCAGACACGAGAUCAAGGAAGCAGUCAGUUGUGGAUGAAGGAGCGGAGAAAACGAGUCACUGCUUCCUUUUUCGGACGUGUCUGUAAAAUGAGGGAAAAUACUUCGUGUAAAGUGACAGUGGAAGCGAUUGUGUACAGUCGUGUAUUGGAGAAUGCUGCCACAAUACAUGGUCUAGCAAACGAGCGCAUAGCUGUCGCUUUAUACGAAGAACAAACAGGCCAUACUGUUAAACAAUGUGGUCUCUUCGUUGACCUUCAGCAUUGCUUUCUUGCAGCUUCUCCUGAUGGUUUAGUUGAUGAAGAUGGUUUGGUGGAGGUGAAAUGUCCAUACUCUGCAAGGGAACUUAACCCUUUAGAUGCAGCAAUGCAGCUGAAAACGUUCUUUUGCAGAGUUGUCGACGGCGAGCUUUGCUUGAAUCGCUCUCACAAUUACUACUAUCAAGUGCAAGGGCAAUUACACAUCACACGAAGAAAGUGGUGUGAUUUUGUCGUUUGGACAACGAAAGGCAUUUCAAUAGAAAGAAUUGUGAGAGAUGAUUGUUUCUGGCUUGAGAAAAUGGAGUCAAAAUUGUUGCGAUUUUUUAACAACUGCUUGUUGCCAGAGCUUGCUGAUCCAUGUCGUCCCAGGGGACAACCGAUUCGUGAGCCAGAAUAUAUUAUACAGGCACAAGAAAGUCGUUCAAAGAAACGCAAAAUUUCAGAUGUGUGAAUUUUGAGAGACAGAAAUUGUGUGGCUGACGAGAACUCUUUUUUUUAAUUUGAUACAGUGAUGCUUUAUAUCUGAUAAAAAAAUUCUAAUUAUUGUUUACUUCUCAUGCUUGUACAAAUUGAACAGUACUGUAAAUGUAUUUGAUGACAUAAGCAAUAGUAAGUUAUUAGCUGAUAUUGAAUACAAACAUUUUUUUUCAUGACUACAAAAAAUAAGGUUCUCUGGUUGGCGAGUGAUUAUAUUAUACUAAUGUCAAAAAGAUGUUAUCGGUAAAAAAUAAAUGAAGUUAUUUUAUACCACUGAUUCACUACCCAUAAAAUCAAACUGUAACGUCUUUGCAACUAGUAUCUCAUACAAGAAAUAUAUAACAUAUUCGUGCUUCAUUUUGUAUAAAAAUAAAACACAUAUAUAAUAUCGGGAGACAGCCUUGAAAAUCGUGCAUAUCACCAACAUGGCCAAUCAGACUCACAGUCAUGUUUACGAUAGCAAGACAGCUAGCAAACCAGUUCAGUUUAUAUGCAGCUUAACUGAAAAAUUUAUUCAAUAUUUUCGGGGUGGUUUUACGCUCAAAAUUAAUACAAAACCAAAUCAGCAAUCCUUGUAUUAUCAUUUAUAAUACUACAAAAUAUCUUCCAUUUCCUUCGAAUUGUAUUGAGCACUAAAAUAUUGAUUUACUUUUGGCCCAGAUUUUAUUCGACGAUACUCUGUAGAGUUUAGCUUGUUUGCAUUCUUUAUUUAUUAGGUUUAAAUCAUGGCCAAAUUUAUUGAAGUGUAACACAAAUUAUAUAUUUGUGUGUGCCUGGUUAGGAAUUUGUAUGAUGUACUUACUAGAAAAACUAUGUCAUAUCAGUGUAAUAGUUGUACCCUUACAAGCGUUGAAUAUUUAUGAAACAUUUUAUUUCUUUUGUUUUUAAAGCCGCAGACUUGUAUUUUAUUUAUUGCAUUUAGACAACAACAUGCGUCCGUGUUUUCUACAUUGCACGCUCUGUAAUAUUUUGAAUGUUAUAGUAAUUUUUGCUUUUUAAAAUCUGUGAUUUAUGUGCAGUAGAAUGAUUUGUAAUUUAUGAUUAUUUCUUUUCAUAUUUUUAAUGAGCCAUUUGCUAAUAUUAUAUACACUUCUCCAUUUAUUAUAAUAAACACAUAUUCCAUUAUUGGAAUUAUUUCAGAAUGGGAAUCACAAGACUACAAAAACUAUUCUCCUGCAUAAGAAAGGUGAUAAUACCAGUAAAGAAAAUUAUCGUCCGAGAGCAAUUACGUCUUAUAUUUAGGGACACCUGUAUUUCGCUAAUACAUUUCGUGUCAAGGUAUUUAACAAAACACUGUAGAUUUUUCUUGUAAUUAUUGGCUGUGGUCGGUGAAGGCUGUUUUCCCGCACUUGACGGGGCCAAUGAGGACGUAGUUACCGUACUGCUGCACGCCCGCAAUUCGCCAAACCUCUAAGAAAAAAAAGCUACAGUUAUGUGUGAAAUAGCCUGACACGAGAUGUAUUCACGAAAUACAGGUGUCCUUAAUUAUAUCGAAAAAUAUUUGAACAUUGUAUGAUAAUUUUAAGUAUGAAAAGUACAAAAUACUUUCAAAUUUAAUACAUGGUUUUACAUCAACUCUAAGCACUAAAACCCAUACUGCUUAUUAUCUACAAAAUAAAUCUAUACACGGCAACUGAUUAUGAAUCAGUUGAGUUUUUUUUAUAAAGCAUCUAAGGCCUUGAUUGUAUAAAUAUAUUGUUGGAUAAAUUAACUAAACUAGGAAUACUAUAAAAUGCACAAAAAUAGAAGAGUUUAAUCUCAAUGACAUAAAGCAUAAUUUAUCUAUUUAGCACAGCCUGUAUAAUUGCUUCCCCAUUGUCAAGACUAAAAUUAAAAAAACUGCGAAAGAAGCAGUAUAAAAUAUCUAUCUCAUUAUCUUUGCGGGUGACUCAAAUAUGAUACAAACAAAACGAAACGCAAGAAAGCAUAUUUUAAACACUGUAAAUAACUUAGAUUUUAAAUAAAAGGAUAAUAAUCAGUCUGUAAAAUUUAGUUUUAACGAUGAGUUGUAAACAGAACAUCAAACAUAUAUCAUAGGUGUUACUGCGAACAGAGAACUCUCACAAACAAUACAAUUCCUUUCUGCGCAACCUGCAAGCUCCGGUACCUUCUGUAAAAAAAAUAUAUAAAUGUAAAACUUUUCCGGAAGUCGUACCAUGGUAAUGACUAAAAUAUGUAGCCUUACUUCUAAAUCUAAUUAUCUAGAGAACAAAUUGUAUUACAUUAUUUUCAUGAUUUAAACGGUAGCAAAAUUAACACCUACAUACGAACAGAAGUUUGCUCUUUUAUUCAUUUUUUUAGUUACGUGAUAAUUUUUUUGAGUUAUAAAGAAAUCCAACUUAAACAGUAAAAAAGAAAGGCUUUUAAUGAAAAAACCUACUCAGUCAUUAUAGAUAACUGUUCAAACCAUUUAAGAUUCAUCCUGUUACAUAAAUUUUUAUAUUCAUAUACAUCUAAUGUAUACACAUAUCAGAAAAAAGGCAAUAAAUUCAUAUUAACUUCAUUAUCAAACUAUAAUAAAACACAAAAUACACUUGCAGAGAACCACCAAAUAUAUUGCGUAAGUGUUUCUGCAAUGAGUUAAACUUUAAAAUUGACUUUAUUAUUUCAAAAAAAUAAUUUAAAACUCCAAGCAAAUGUAAGAACACGUCUUCUAGAUAUAAUGUAAGAUUAUAAUGCCGUGUCCGAAUUCGCCUGAAGAAUAUACUUGUAGAUACUUUGGAAGUGACUUUGCAAGACUGUCAGAAAUGGACGUGAAGUAUGUAUGCUAUGCAAUACGCAAGUAAAUGAGUCUGUGUAAUUCUCGCGUACUUGAAGUUGAAAAUACUUCUUCAUUUGAAAUAUUUUUGGUCAUAUUUUAUAUAUCAUUUAAAUAAUUUAAGAGGACGUAAAAUAAAUAUAAUUUAUUUUGUAUUUUACUGGUAUCUAUAAAUAAAUUGACAAAAUUAAUUUAUGUAUAUGGAUGUUUAAAACGAAGUUUCAACAAACACAUGUACAUAUUUAGCCUACAGAUCGUUACUACAAAACAAAAGUACAAUAAUAAUGUAUGUUGCCGUAAAUUCACGUGACAGCGAUGAAGUGUUAAAAAAAAAAGGACUAAUUUCACAUGCGUUUAAAAAUAAAAUCUAAACAUCCUUUUCGGCUGGCUAAACAUUGAACUUAUCCGGAUUCGUUAAAGGCAAGUGAAGUACGUAAGGUUGCAAACAUGUAACUGCAUUACUUUCUGAUUAAUUUUAAUAAAAUUAUGCAUAUAUCCAAAAAAUGUUCAGUUAAAAUUAGUAUUGUAUUGUAUUGUAUUUUAUUUUAUUGUAUUGGUGUUUGUAUCUGGGUAUAUUUUUAUUGUGUGUUUAAGAUUUAUUGACUUUUGUGCCUCAUGUACUUUUGGUGAAAAAUGAAAAUGUAAUUAUGUAUUAUUAUCAGGGCCCAAAGCAAAACUAUUUGUUCGUUGGCCGAAAAUGAAAUGUAGUUAUACUUGUAUAUCUAAGAAAAAUAUUUGUAUUUUGUAUGAAUGUAAGUAUUUUAUUAUGUAAAUUUUUAUUACUUACAAAUAUUUCGUACUCAUAAUAUCUAGUUUCCAUUUGUCUUAAGACAUAAUAAAAUGAUAUACUAAGCAAAAAAUGUUUAUUGGUUCGCAAUUUUUCAUUGUUACAAUAUUUUAAAAUGAAAAAUUUGCUAUUCAGCAAUAUCAACUUCUAAAACGUGAGUAAAAAUUAUCAUUAAAUUAUA